CUCUUUUGUGCUUGUUCUGUUGUGUCCGAUUUAUUCGCUGCUGGGUGAAAUUUUAUGUUUUCAAUUAAUUUUCAGUUUUAUUUCCAAUAAGAAUUAUCGUAUCAUCGAAAUCAACAUUAGAAAAGUUUGUUUUUUCAAAGCUCCAAGUGAUUCGUUCGAAUUUAUAUCCUGCAAUAUCUGUCAAAAAUGUGCCUUUGAAAUACCAGGAACUCAGAAUUUACAAGUAAUUUGUUAAUUUACGCUCUCUUCCUUGAUAUCAAUCAGUGGAUAUGGCGUAUCUUGUUGUUUUCUAUGCUGUCCUAUUGACCCUAUUGAGAUAUAGCGACGCUGAUGCAAAUGCUGACGCUCAAGUUUCUAACGAACCACAACCAUAUCAACCAACAUACAACAAAGAAUAUCAACCCCGCUAUAAUCCUCUUUAUACGAAUACUCAGCAAGGGUCCUCCGUUUCACAAUACGACAAUUCUCUGACACCAUCUCAACAGGAUCUACAAAACCCGCAGCAGGGUGGUGGCGGCCUACUUGUAGGUUCGCCGAACCAAAACAACUUUUACGACCAGUCAUCGAACACAUUAGGUAGUGGCAUAUAUGGCACAGGCGGCGGUGGUAUAAGUAACUAUGAUCCGUUCAAUCGUGGCAUCACAUCAACUGGCUUUGAAUAUUUAGAUAAUGAAAUGCAGAAUUACUGCCCAGAACAUUGGAUAUCUUUUCGCCAAACAUGCUACAGAUUUAUACGUUCGCCAAAACGUAACUGGCUAGAGGCUAAGAAAAUUUGUAAAGCUUACAACGCCGAGCUUUUGAAUGUAGACAAUGUCGAAAAGCAUUCUUUUAUACUGAAACAAUUGAUAAUACAGAAUCAAAGGCAAAACCGAUUUUGGAUAUCUGCAAGACAGACUGGACCCAAUAGCUGGGCAAACGAUGAUAAUUCACCAUUCCUCGUGCUGGACGACUCUUUUGCCUUUGAUGAAGAUCAAUCGUUUGAAAAUGAAAAUCUACACGACAAUCGAUUCCUGGUGCAAAACAUGUACCAGACCGAUUAUAAUCGUAAUAAUCCGAAUCAGUACUACAACACUGUGCCAGGUUCUAUCAAUAGUCGUAAUCAAAACAAUUUGCGUGGAUUUAUUGGGCCAAACCAGAAUGGUGAUAAUCCCUUUACCAGAGAUCGUGUUGUAUAUGGAUUUUCAAAGAAGCGUGAUCGCUGGAUGUUUAUGCCUGCCUACGACAUAGAGUUGAACCUAUUCAUCUGCGAGUCAAAAGUACUUUAUAAUCCUGAAAAUAUUAACUUGAAAUUAGAUGACAAGCGUCCAUUUCAUUACGGCUUGGACAUUAAAGAUUUCGAAAAAAUUCCACGCGGCCCUUACUUUGUAAAACAGCCUAAUGACACAACAUUUGAUACGAGCAAGAACCGACUUAUAAAUGAUGUUACAUUGAGUUGCUUGGCAGGUGGUUUCCCCACACCCACAUACCGCUGGUAUCGUGAAGUCUACGUAAAUGAUUCGCUUGAAUACAUGACAAUUGAUCCGUUGACUAACGACCGAUAUACAAUUUCCGGAGGCAAUCUUAUAAUUUACGAUCCAAAACAGGCACUCGACCAAGGUGCUUAUCAUUGCGUUGCGGAAAAUAAGUUCGGACGCAUACGUUCCGAGAGUGCACAUUUGAAUUUCGGAUUUAUUAUGGAGUUUAAUCUUAAGCGCUCAGCUGAAACUGCUGAUAUGAAUUGGGGCAAAUCCAUAUUUUGUGAUCCGCCACAACAUUAUCCAGAUGUUAAAUACUAUUGGGCGCGCGAUUAUUUUCCGAAUUUCGUGCAAGAAGAUCAGCGCGUUUUCGUAUCGAAUGAUGGUGCUUUAUAUUUUUCAUCCAUCGAGAUAGUGGAUCGUGCCAAUUAUUCAUGCAGUGUACAGACAUCAGUAUCCGAUACUGGACGUAAUGGUCCAUUUUUCCCGCUACGAGUGACGCCCAACAGCAACUAUCAAACUCUUAUUUUUGCAAAUACAUUCCCAAAGGUGUUCCCUGAAGCGCCCAUUGCUGGCGAUGAAAUACGUCUGGAAUGUGUUGGUUUUGGGUAUCCUAUACCUUCGUAUAAUUGGACUAGAGUUGGCCAGCCUCUACAGCGCAAUGCUUAUACCAUUAGCAAUAGUCGUGUGCUAAUUAUUGAAAACGCAACAACUAAUGAUAACGGAGAAUAUACUUGCACAAUUUCUAACCCACGCAAAACUAUUCACAAAUCGAUUUUCAUCAAUAUUCAAAUGAAACCGCAGUUCACGAUUCCUUUGAAGGAUAAAAUAAUGGAUUAUAAUGGCGACGUCACUUUCAUCUGCGAAUCCUUUGCAAUACCUGAUGUGAAUUAUACUUGGUAUAAGAACGCAGAACGAUUUGACCCAGAGCGUGUUGAUAAAGAUCGGUAUAUAAUACAGGACAAUGUGCUUACUAUUAAAUAUUUGGAUUCGGACAAAGAUGAUGGCAUGUAUCAGUGCGGUGCGACGAACCAAUUGAAAACAGCUUUCUCCUCAGCGCAAUUACGCGUGCUAUCCAUGAAACCGUCAUUUAAGAAAAGACCACUUGAACCCGAGAUUUAUGCUGUGCAAAAUGGCAACACGACCAUCGUAUGCGAUCCAGAAGCAGCACCACGCCCUAAAUUCCAAUGGAAGAAGGAUGGUCAACUUAUCGGCGCCGGGGGUCAUAGGCGGAUUUUACCCAGUGGUACAUUGAUAAUAGCACCGACUUCACGCGACGAUGAGGGGCUAUACACAUGCGUUGCGACUAACAAAGCGGGCACGGAUGAGUCACGAUCGCGAGUAAUUGUGUUACAGGAGCUGCGUUUCAUACAGACACCGCCACUGCGCAUCACCACGCAAGAGCACGAUUUAAUAUUUCUUCAAUGCGAUGCGAGCUAUGAUGAGUUGCUGGAUGUCGCGUUUGUGUGGAAACGUAACGGCGAAAUCUUGCGAAAUAACCACGAUGGCACUGAACGUAUUAUAAUUGAUCGCAAUCGACUAACGGUACAUAAUGUAACACUGCUGGACGGUGGGGACUAUGAGUGUGUGGUGAAAUCUUCGGUAAAUGAGAUAGCAUCUAAAACCUCUGUGGUCAUAGAAGGUGCCCCUGGUGCACCCGGCGGAGUUCAAGUUAUCGAAAUUGGUAAAACAAAGGCGAUCAUUGAGUGGAUAGAUGGCGCCAAUAAUGGACGACCCAUACGAUACUACAAUAUACUUGGCCGCACCAAUUGGAAUCGAACUUGGGUGAAUGUAUCCACAAGCGUACGCGGUCAUGAGGUAGAUCGAUACACUGGCCGACAACAGGCUGAAGUUUCCAAUCUCAUACCUUGGUGUUCGUACGAAUUCAGCGUUGCCGCAGUUAAUGACUUGGGUAUAGGUAUUCCGUCUACACCGUCGCCAAUCUACAGCACAUACGAAGACAAGCCAUAUAUAGCGCCGCGUAAUGUUGGCGGUGGCGGUGGUAAGAUUGGAGAUUUAACCAUUACUUGGGAUCCACUGUUACCACAGGAACAACACAGCCAUGGCAUACAUUACAAAGUAUUCUGGAAGCUAAAGGGCACGUUAGAAUGGGCCUCCGAGGAACUGAAAUCUUUGCAAAACGAUGGUGUAGCGGUUGUAAAUAUACCACUCAAUAACUAUUACACCGAAUAUGAGGUGAAAGUGCAAGCUAUUAAUAAUAUUGGUAAGGGCCCCGAGAGUGAACCAGUAGUUAUUUAUUCGGCGGAAGAUAUGCCUCAAGUAGCGCCACAAAAACCGUUUGCUAUGCCCUUCAAUUCCACGGCUUUCAAUGUUACAUGGCGACCGAUCGAAAUGACAAGGGAGAAUGUGCGCGGUAAAUUGAUUGGGCACAGAUUGAAAUAUUGGAAGACUACACAUAAUGAAGAAGAUGCUGUCUACUAUUUGUCGCGUACCACAAGAAAUUGGGCUUUAAUUGUUGGCUUACAGCCAGAUACAUACUACUUUGUAAAAGUAAUGGCGUACAAUGCCGCCGGCGAGGGGCCAGAAAGUGAACGUUUCGAAGAGCGAACGUACCGCAAGGCGCCUCAAAAACCACCAUCAUCAGUCCAUGUGUAUGGCAUAAAUCCUUCAACUGUGCGCGUGGUAUGGCGUUAUGUAUCACCAGCACAGGAUGAAGAACCGAUCGAGGGCUAUAAGGUGCGCGUAUGGGAGAGCGACCAAAAUAUGAUAACGGCGAAUAACACAAUUAUUCCGGUUGGUGAAAAAUUAGAAUCAUACAUAAUGAAUCUUACGCCAGGCAAAAGCUAUAAUAUGCGUGUACUGGCAUUCAGUAAUGGCGGCGAUGGUCGCAUGUCCAGUCCCACAUUGCGCUUCCAAAUGGGUAAGACAACGCGCAACAACGGAAACCGCCAUUACCGCAGUGGCCUUAACACGGUGUUAGUAGUUAGUUUGUUGUACCUUAUUUCAAUGUACCUAAACAAUAACUGAUUGACACAACAGAGUUCAUUUCGAAUGCAUUCAAUAUAAAUUCCGUCCAUGCUACUCUCAUUCAUUUAGAUGAGUAGUAUUAUAUAUACGAUAUACAUACAAAUAUGUAUUUAAAAACAUUUAGCUAGAGCAUUCCAUCCAAUGAUUGUCCUACACAAAACGAAUGCAUUUUAUUUUAAGAUUACAGCUAUUUUAUAACUGCGCAACGAUUCCGUCUUUUUACACUUAUGCGUACAUUUACAUAUAUAUGUAUGUGUACAAAAAUUCUCACACAUUUAA